AUGAUAGGACAAUGUUCCGUGACAACAGCUGUUGAUAUUCCAUCAUCAAAUAAUUCAUCAUCAACUGUUGUACCUCCACAACAAGGUUCAAAUGGUUCAUCCAUAGGUUCAGGUAUUGGUGGUGAUGAAUCAUCAUCAGUAUCAUCAGUUGAUGAUUAUUUACUCGAUAAUGAUACAUCAUCAUCAGGUUAUACAUUAGAAGAUCAAGAAGAAUUAACUCGUUUAAUGUUAGAAGAAGAUUUAAAUGAACAAUUAUUAGCAAGUAUAUUAGAUAGUGUUUCACCUUUAGCAAGAAUACAACGUGAAAUAUAUCAAUCAAGAUUUGAUGAAAAAAAAACAAAUAUGACAACAACAAUUGAUAAUGAAAAAUGGAUUGAAAGUAUUAUUCAAGGAAUACAAUCAGCUAAUGAGAAACAACAAAAAACAACAACAAAUGAUACAAAAAUCAACAUUAAUUCAACAACUAAAAACAAAGAACAAUCAUCGACUUUUACAACAUCAUCGGAAUUAUCAUCAAAAAAAUCUGCAUCAACAAAGUCUAAAUCAAAUAAAUCAUCUCAUCGUCGUAAAGAAACUUCAUCAUCAAAUUCUUCAACAACAACAACAACAACGACAACAACUACAACUACUACAAAUCAAAUACCGAAAAAAUCUAUUGCUGCUGAUUUACUUCUUCCACGUUCUAUAGCUGAUCUUUCAGCUAAAAUUCAAUCGGUUUCAUUUACUGCUGGUACAUUUGGUUCAAUAACAUCAGCAAAUGCAAAUGAAUCUUCCUCAUCCUCCUCAUCAUCAAAUUGUUCGACAACAACAUUAACAGCUGCUAAAACAACAACAUCAACAGGACAAACACGUUUAAGUAUUAAUUUAACACGUAAACCAGGUUCAAAAACAACUGAACAUGGUGGUCAAAAAAUAGCUGAAGCACUUUUUAAUGAAUUAACAAGUUUUGGUAAUGGAGAACAUUUAAAUAAUGGAAGAAAAAAAGAUAAUCAACAAUUUAAAAAAACUAAACAACAACGUUCAACUAUCAAUGAAACAUUACUUAAUUCUACAAAUAAUUCUCAUUCAUUUUUUAAUUCAUCAAAUAAAUCCGAUUCAAAUUCAUCAUCAACAGCUUAUCAUAAUUUAGAUCAUCUUCUUCGUCAUGCAGCAUCAAAUACUGAUGUAUCCGAAGCAGCAUUACAUUCAAUAUUAUCAUCAAUUCAUUCUCCAACUUGUCUUGAUUCAUCAUCAUCAUCAAAACAUUCAAUAUCAUCGAAAACAAAUGAAGCAUUACAAACAUUACUUGCUCAACAACAGCAACAACAACAUCUUCAUCAUCAUCAUCAUCAUCAUCAUCAAAAAAAGAGUUCAUCUAAUAAUAAUAAUAAUAAUAAUUGUAAAUCUUGUGAAUUUUGCUGUUGUGAAUCUUCUGAAGGUCGAACUUGUUCAGCAUCAACAUGUCUUCAUUUAUCAUCAACAUCAAAUACAACAAAUGGACCAAUAAGUAGUUGUGUUACAUGUAUGGCUUUACCAGGUACAACAUCAUCUGUUAUGGGUACAACAAUAACAGGUACUUUUAAUCAACGUGAUGCUGAAAUGAAAGAACGUUUAAAACUUAAAUUAACGAAAAGAAAUGUACAAAAUUUAACUGAACAACAAAAUCUAUUAAAAGAUCAACAACAACAACAACAACAACAACAGAAAAAAAAUUUAACAACGAAUAAAAAACAGUCAAUACAAAAUAAUAAUACGAAAACAAAAGAAUUUCUUAUUAAUGAUCAAAAUAAUAUUGAUGAUUUGGUUAGAUUUAUUGAUGGAAAUGAAACAUUAUCAUCUAAUAAUAAUGAACAUCAAACAACAACAACAACAACAACAGCAACAAAUGAAUCAACAUCGAAAAAAAAUAAAAAGAAAAAAGAUAAACAAUCAAAACUUAAUAAUAAUAAUAAUGAAGAAAUAAAAACAAAUUCGCCUCAAUCCAAAGAACAACAACAACAACAACUACAACAACAACAACAACAACAAACGACUCAAAAAAAACAAAAUCGAUCAAAUACUAUUCAACAAAUAGCUUCUUCUCAACAACCAUCUCGUAGUACUUCAUCAUCAUCAUUAUCUAGAAAAGCAACGCUUCUUUCAUCAUCAACUCCUUCUGUUGAAGCUCAACAGCCUUUAUCAAAACGAAAACAAAAAGCCAAAUUAAAACUUGAACAACAACAAAAACAAGCAGCUAAUUCUCUAGAUCAAUCAUCAACUCCUUCUAAUAUCAUUAAAACAACUACUACUCCCACACCAACAUAUACAGAUCUUGUUACGGUUCUUCUUCCACCUUCUUCUUCUGCUUCUUCUUCCUCUUCUUCUUCUUCUUCUCAAAGAACUAAUACACCUCGAACAAGUUUUGAUCUUCCAUCGGAAAGUUUGGAUUCACCUGAAGAGGAAGUCAAUUGGAUAACUAUUUCACGUAAACAAACUAAACAUAAACCAACGCCACCAUCUGUGCCAUCUUUACUGGCUGUACCUGUUCCACCUGUUGUUACCCCGACGACGAAUACCAAACAAUAUCGACAACAACAACAACAGCAGCAACAGGUAGCAGCUAAUACUAAAAAGACAACCUCAACGGUUAAUUCUUCAUCUAAUGCUCAACAAAAAGUGAUACCGACAAGUGUUACAUCAUCAAAUGUUGCUUCGGAGACUAUAUCAAGUAAUAAUAAACAACAGCAUACUAGUAUAGCUCCACCUCGUCUUCAAAAUGUAUUAAAAAAUCAUGCUUCACAUCAACCACAAAAAGUUGAACAACUAGUGCCACCUCAAUCAGCAGUACAAUCACCAUUGAAUCUUUGGACGAACAAUAAUAUUCAUGAACAUACUCCAGUAAUAUCAUCAAUGCCUACAUCUUUUGUCCUGCCAUCAUCAACCCUACUGCCUACAACACCAUCUUAUAUUCCAACUCAUACACCACCACCACCACCACCACCACUACCACCUUCUUCUCUUGUAACGCCAAUUCCAAUUGGUGGUAUAUCUGUUGUUCCACCAUCAUCUUCAAUUCUAUCUGAAAGUUUAUCAUCGUCUAUGUAUUGGGAUCCAAAUGGUUUUCUUCUUCCACCACCAUCUCAAUCAAUAAUUAUCCCUUCAACUGCACCAGGUCCUGUGCAACGACCAAAUUCUUCGUUUUCAGCAGCACCUGGUUCUGUUAAUAAUACAACAUCUCGUUGUAUUCAACGACCUUCACCUGAACCACGUUCUUGUUCAACAAAUCCUGCUCCUUUUCCAUUAUAUUCUCCUAUGAAUUAUGCUGUGGGUAGUUCAGCUUCAACGUGGAAUGAUACUCCUGUAACGAAUACAAAUGAGUCACAUUGGAGCUAUCCACAAGAGCAACAACAACUUGGAUUAUCAACAACUCCAACUGAUUUUCCUCUCUAUGAUCCAUUUCAUAGUGGUACCGGAUUAACACUUCCAUCAACGACAGAGAAAACAUUGUUGAUAAAUGGAUUUUCAGAACAUUUUACUGAUUCAUGUGCUAUUCCACAAGAUAAUGAUGUCAAUGAAAUGGAUGUAUUCGAUAAAGAAAUUGAAGAUUUUAAAAAAUUUUGUUUCGAAAGUGUCCCGUUGGAAACACGUGAAAAAAUGCAAAUUAAUGCUGAUCGCUGCUUUGUUCGUCAAGCUUGA